AUGGAGGUGUUUGAUGUGUUUGUGGAAGCACUUUAUCAUCCCGAUGUUAGCAAGGAUCUGCAUGCUGCAGAAUUGUUCAAGAGCAUCCAUCAUGCUUAUGAAGUACUAUCUAAUAAAGCAACGAGAGUUCAGUAUGAUCAAGAACUUCAAUUUAGUCACAAGCCUCACAGGGAAAAAUGGAGUUACAGUACUGAGUUUGAAGAUCAGGUAAGAGUCUAUAGAUGGGCUCACCUAAGGAAAAAAAUGCAUAGUGAAAGAUACUGGGAGCACAACAAUGUCAACGAGGACUACAGCAGUGAAACAGAGGAGGAAGAAGAUGAAGAAAAUAUUGGUGAAAAGAGGGGUUCUUUUAUUGAAGUGCUUAGAUCAGCUUUCAUGUCAUUAUUUUUGUUUCAGACAUUUGGAUCCCGACUCUCGCUUACAUUUAGCGGUCUGACAGCAUUGUUGGAUGAAAAGUUGGACACCGGCUAUAAAAUUGCCUAUGUAAUAGCAUGGAUUUUGGGUGGGAGGGGUGGCAUAUUGCUAACGUUGUGCUUGUCAUUUGCAAGUUGGGUUUGCGGGAAAACCAGUAGUAGUGUUGUUGCACUAAUUGUGGUGGCCAUGUGGGUUGGGUCUUACCUUGCAAGGUAUGCACCACUUCCCCAAGGUGCUCUGUUGGCGCUUCUCUACAUAGUGGGGAUUGAGAAGUUCCAACUUGUAAGAGCUCUUUACUUGAACACCAUCAUUCCUGCACAUCAAAUUUCUCCACAGAUACCUUCCGCUGGCCAUGUCAACAAAUACCCAGAAUCCAUGCUGAAUCAUCUGAAAACAAAGCCACAAUUACAUUCAGGAUUAAAUUUGAAGUAA